ACAGAGCAAUGGUAUUCCUGCUGGCGAUCCUUCUGUCGGUGUUGGUCUCGCUGCUAGGAGGGCUGUUCCUCCUGGGGGCAUUUCGGCAGCGGCGCCCAGGUGAGCCCCCUUUGGAUAAGGGGCCCAUUCCCUGGCUGGGCCACGUGUUGGAGUUUCGCAGGGACACUGCAAAGUUCCUGAAGAGGAUGAGACAAAAACAUGGUGAUAUAUUCACAGUACAGCUUGGCGGGUUUUACUUCACUUUCCUCAUGGACGCUCUCUCCUUUGGGUCUGUUGUUAAAGAAGCCCGCGCAAAACUGGACUUUAACAAAUUUGCAAAGCACCUAGUGGCCAGAGUUUUUGGUUAUGAAUCAAAGGAAACGGAUCAUAAGUCUUUCCAGCUGUACAGCAACAAACACUUAAUGGGGGAUGGACUGGUACCACUUACAGAAGCCAUGAUGAGUAAUUUACAGAAUGUAAUGCUGCACAGUGUAGGCUCAGUGGAAACCAAACAGACCUGGAUCGAGGAUGGAUUGUUUAUGUACAGCUACAAUACUGUUUUUAGGGCAGGCUAUCUCGCUCUGUUUGGAAAUGAGACGUCCAAGACCUCAGAGGAUGUCCAGAAAGCCAAAGAAGCAGACAGAAAAGAAUCAGAAAAGCUAUUUUAUGAGUUUCGUAAAUAUGACCAACUGUUCCCCAAACUGGCCUAUGGGGUCCUGCCACCCCAGGAGAAGAUGAAUGCAGAGAGGUUGAAGAGAUUUUUCUGGAAUGCAUUGUCAGUAAAGAGGAUCAAGAACAAAGACAACAUCAGUGGCUGGGUGCGAGACCUUCAACAGGAAAGAGAAGAGAAGGGAAUGAAAGUUUUUAUGCAAGACAGGUUCAUGCUCCUGCUUCUGUGGGCAUCCCAGGGCAACACAGGACCUUCUGCUUUCUGGACGCUCCUGUACCUUAUGAAGCAUCCUGAAGCCAUGAGGGCUGUCAAGGCGGAAGUGGAACAGGUUCUGAGGGAAAGUGGGCAAGAAGUGAGAUGUGGCGGUCCUCUCAUCUUCUUGACUCGAGAGAUGCUGCAGAAAACGCCAAUCAUGGACAGUGCUGUGGAAGAGACCCUUCGACUGACUGCUGCACCUGUUCUCACCAGAGCCGUACUUCAGGACAUGACACUUAAGAUGGCUGAUGGCCGUGAGUACUGUCUUCGGGGGGGCGACAGACUGGCACUCUUCCCUUACAUUGCCAUACAGAUUGACCCAGAAGUUCACCCUGACCCACUUUCAUUUAAAUAUGACCGCUUUCUUAACCCAGAUGGAAGCAAGAAAACAGUUUUUUACAAAGCAGGAAAGAAGGUCAAGUAUUUCACUAUGCCCUGGGGUGCCGGGGUCAGCAUGUGCCCUGGGCGUUUCUUUGCCACCAAUGAGCUUAAGCAGUUUGUUUUCCUCAUGCUAAUAUACUUUGAUUUUGAGCUAAAGAACCCUGAUGAGGAGAUACCCGAUAUCGACAUCAGACGAUGGGGUUUUGGAUCCAUGCAGCCUACCAGAGAUGUUCAGUUUAGAUACAGGCUCAGAUUUUAAACCAGUCUCCACUGUUUGUACCUAUUUGCUAAGCUAUCAGGCUGAUAGUCCAGGCAGAUCUUGAAAGUUACUAUAUUUUGUUCUUCAAAACAUGAGGAUGUAAGUUAAAAAGUAUUCUGUGUUUUCAUAUCUGUUGAAACCACUUUCCUUACCAAUUUUGUCAGUUCACUAUAGCUAUAAAUGGCAAUACAAGACAUGAUUACUCAAUAUUCUCACUGGUGAUGUAGAAAAAUUAAUAUUUUCUGUAUUUUCAAAAUCACUGUAACCUUUUCAAUAUAGGAAAUCAAUGAAUGCAAUGUAAAGUGACAUAGGAUUUUGUUAUGUUGCCAAGUACAUGCUUACAUAUCAAAUUAAAUUAUUGGGAGCCUCAACCUUGAGUAUUAAUGCAAUUUGUAAAGAAUGAAAUUUGACAGUAAUGUUGUAUUUACACAUUUCUUUUCUUCAAGUGGUAUGUUUUGAAUGAUUCAAAUAACUGGAUGUUUGUCAGUGUGUAUUAGUAGCACUGCAGUCUGUUUAGAUUUAAAUAUUCAAACAACUCAGUCUUUAUUUGGUUAUUAGACUUAAGGUAAAAUAAAAAAUACCUGUUUGAUGUGCUUAAAAUGAGAUGAACUUCUCAUUCACAAUCCACUUGCAGUUUAACAACAAAUGUAAGUAUGUGAAUUAUUUAUCAUCAUCAAUGAAUUAAUAAAA